CCGAGAACAAAGAAAAGCUUCAAAACGUCAAGCUUUUCAGGGCCAACACCAAUAUCGCCCUGGUCCAUUAUGAACUGAUCGUGAGGAAACACCCCUGCCUAGAAUGUCCGAAGUAGAAGUCGGCCAGACGAUUCGGCUCACCGACGGCCGCGAUGCGAUCGUCCGAUAUGUCGGACAAACCCAUUUCGCCGUGGGCGACUGGAUAGGUAUCGAGUUGGAGGAUGAAGGGGGGAAGAAUGACGGGUCCGUCCAAGGCGAGCGCUACUUCGAUUGCUUGCCGGGAAGAGGCAUGUUCGUCCGGCCUGCUACCGUGGCCGCGAUAUUACAACCUGCUCCACCUCCCAGGUCUGCUGCUGCCCCUGCCCAGAGGGGAGCGCGAACGGGCACAGCUGCUCGACGACCCAGUUCCGUGACGGGACGUCCAAGCUCUGUGGCGGGUCGUUCGAAUUCUGUAACAGACAACUCCACGGGUAAACGUAUGAGCUUGAAUGCGCCUAGUCCGAGUCCGGUACCUAGGAGGGCAUCUCGACCGUCUAGCAUGGGGAGGUCUCCCACCAAGUCUCCUACGAAGCAACUUGGUAUGGCCCCCCCGCCGAGCGUUUCGAACUCGAGAACUGGCACGCCAUCGAAUGCGCGCGUUUCCUCCAUCGGAACGAGGCCCCGCCCUCCAGCCGUGAAUACCAGGACCACCAUGGGGCCCCCAGCCCUACCAUCUGCCGGCUCUAGAAGACAACCAUCGAUGUCAUCUACUACAAGAGCUAUUAGCGGUGCUACGAGGCCCUCUGGCCCACGAGUAUCUACUGCGCCUGUCCGCGGAUCCGCUCGCCCUGCUGCUGGAAGGGUACGUUCAGGGGAUUCCUUGUCAGGGAACGAGGGCGGCAACACAUCGGAUCUGGGCUCCCCUUUUAAGAGCGAUGGAGAACAGACGAUUAGCCCCGUGCGUUCUAGAACCAAAGCCCUAGAGAAGCUCACCUCUGCUGGGUCAUCUUCAACAGCGUCUUCUAAAGCACCAGCAAGCACAACAAAUAUGAAAGCGCCGGCGAGUGCAGCAGCUUCCGCUCGUACAUCCGCCACCAGCGCGGCUAGAGAGAAUGAGGAUCUGAAAGCAAAGCUGAAAGUCCUGGAGCGCAAGCGGUUGGAGGAUCGGGAAAAGAUCAAAGAUCUAGAGAUGAUCCAGGAGCAACGUGAUAAGUUUGAGUCCAUUAACAAGAAGAUCGAGAGCAAAUUUCAGGCUACGGCACAGGAGAACUCUGCUUUACGGAAGCAAUUGAAGGAAGCAGAGGAGCGAUUAGAGCAGAUAGAGGCCCUACAAGCGGAACAUGAGACCGUUAUGGAGCUUGCAACUCUAGACCGGGAGAUGGCCGAGGAGACUGCCGAGGUUUAUAAGGCCGAACUCGAAGCUUUAAAGCAAAAAGCAGAAGAGCUUGAGCUCGAAGUGGAGGUUCUACGCGAGGAAAAUGCCGAGUAUUCUCAGGGUAUGUCUCCUGAAGAAAGGGCCAGUGCGGGAUGGCUUCAGAUGGAGCGGCACAAUGAAAGGUUACGCGAAGCUCUCAUUAGACUACGAGAUAUUACCCAAGAACAGGAAGAGGAGUCGAAAGCACAAAUCAAGGCACUUGAGAAGGACCUUGAGGAUUUCGAAGCCAUUAAAGAACAGUACCAAAUCGCCAAGGAGAAGCUGUUAGAGUCCGAAGCCCGUGCUGAGGACCUCCGGCAGCAGUUGGACGACAACGUUGGUGCGGAGAGCAUGGUCGAGCAGCUUAGCUACGAGAAGUUACAACAGUCCGAACACAUCAACGAGUUGAAGGCUAUGAUUGACGAUCUUGAAGCGCUCAAGGAAAUUAAUGACGAGCUUGAGAUUAACCAUGUUCAGAACGAGAAAGAAAUGCAAGAUGAGCUUGAUUUCAAGGAUAGCAUCAUCGCUGAGCAAGCGCGGAGAGCUGCUGAGAAGGAUGAUGCCAUUGGGGAUUUGGAGUACACGCUAUCUCGAUUUAGAGAGCUUGUCACAAAUCUCCAGACCGACCUAGAGGACAUGCGUGCGUCUCACGCCGUAAAUGAGGCCGAGUCCGAACAGCUCAACAGUAAAUCGAAGGCGAUGAUGGAUCUAAACCAGAAACUCCAGCUCUCGGCUGUGAAGACGCAGAUCAAGACCAUCGACCUAGAGUUGCAGCGCAUGGACGCCCAGGAAGCGCAACAGCAUCUCCAGAUUGUUAAAUUAUUCUUGCCCGAGAGUUAUAACACUGAUAGAGAUUCCGUUCUCGCAUUGCUGCGAUUCAGGAGGUUGGCUUUCAAGGCGAACUUGUUACACGGCUUUGUUAAAGAACGUGUCAACGGACAGCCACAUCCUGGCCUCGAAGAUGAUGCAUUGGCUGGCUGCGACGCAUUGGACAAGCUCACCUGGGUGUCUUCUAUGUGCGAUCGUUUCGUCAAUGCUAUUAGCCAUUGUUCGUUGGAAGAAUUCGCCAAAUACGAGGGCGCUCUGUACGAGCUCGAGCCUGUCGAGCGAGCUCUAAAUACCUGGAUCGAUGGUCUCCGGCGUGAUGAGCUGAAAGAGAAGCAGUGUGCUAGCGAGCUACAACGCACUGUUGCUCUUAUGACACACCUAGGCGAGGUCCACAUCUCGCAAGGUCUGGAAAGCUUUGCGGAUGAAAUGCAGAUGAAGACGGUCUUGAUGCAGAGCCAUCUGGAGUCUGCUGCUACAGCAUUCACCAUAACAAAGGAUAUGGUUCAAAGAGUUGUGCCUCUCAACGGCGAAGAAGAUGAACUUGCGCAGCAUUUUGCGAAGAAAGCCGAAGCGGUCAUCACCCAAACCCGUAGCGCUAAGGUGAUUAUUAGCAAAGCAGUACGGUCUCUAGAAGACCUUAGAGCCAGGUCGCUGGCUCUUACCCCUGAUACUGGAGAUGCAUUUGAACAGUGUGAAGCUGCAAGUCAAGAGCUUGCAGAGAUGUCUCGAAAGAUAGGAGUGGAUCUUCACGCGCUACUCAGCGAGGAAGGACGUGCGGAACCGUUCACAUACCCUGAGGUCCAGAGAGCUGUUCACAAUACCGUCAUGGCUGCGUUCUCUUCCGACGAAUCCGAUCUCUUCUCGACUUACCUUUCUAAACUCCGCACGCUCACUGGCCAAAUUACAGAUCUAGCAGCUGUCUGCGCCGAUCUAUCACAGACGCAGGAGUUCGAACGUAGCCCCGCCCCAUGGAUACUUCGUGCGCAGGAGCUCAAGGCACUUAAGACAAUACCGAUUGAUGCUGAGGAAGAACUGCGACAACUUAAGGAACACUACAACGAGGCUCGCCGUACAAUUGCUCUGCGCGAUGAGAACCUCAGCACAGCCGCUCUCCGCAUCGAGACACUUGAGGCACGCAUGCGCGAUGCGAACGCAAAGGCAUCCCGCAUGGCAGAUCUUGAAGCACAGCUUGAGGAUGCGAAGAAGCUUAUGGAAAGUCUCAAGAAGGAUAUUGAACAGCAAGACCGCGAGGCCAAAACACUCGAGGCUGACCGCGAUAAAUGGAAGAAAAUUGCCGGCGACAGUAGGGCGUUUGGCGAUGAGACCGGCUCUAACGGUAGUAGGGCGAAGGCCGGCCAGGAGCGGGCGGUGGCCACAGCGCGUGAGAUGGAUGCUCUUAAGAACGACAUCGCUAGCUUACAAGCUGCUGUCCGAUAUCUACGUGAAGACAACAGACGUGCGCGCGCAACGGAACAGGCUAAGUAUGAUUGGCUUGCUGAGCCUUUGCAGAAGACUGUUCCCGCUGUGGAACAACGAAAGGCGCUUGUGGUGGCUGAGGGUAGGGAUGCUUUAGGUGAACUGCUGAAGCUUGCGACAUCUGCCAAGGUGUACGACUUGAGCACUCUACCGAAAGACAAGAUGGCAUGGCGCCCUGCGAAGGCAACGCCGCAGUACCACGCCGCGAAGCAAGCUGAGGACUACGCCACGUGGAGCAGCUGGCAAGAAUCCGUGAUCCAGAAGACGAGGGUGGUGCUCACGGCCGAGCAAGGCAGGAAGAAGCACCACGAGCCCGACCACGCGAAGAUGAUGCGUAAGGCUGCUGCAAGACUGCAGAUUAGACUACCCGGCGCGGAUGGUAAGGUGAUACCUGGCGUGGGUGGGAGAGAAGUCCAAAUCGUUGGAUCCAGGGAAUGGGAAGGCUUGCAAGGAAGGCUUGCAGCAGCCAUGUAAAGUAUAAUGCCACUACAUAAGGUCAGGGGGGGGAGAGGUAUUGAUGGGCUUACGUAGGGAAGAGAAAGAGAGGAUGAGAUACCCUUGAUUAAACGCUUGUACAAUACCAAUACUCAUUAUUAUUUUUUGCAGCGUACAUGUAGUUUAUAGUGCAUAACAAAGCAAAUCUUGAAGACACAUGUCAGUUAUGA